UAGAAGUUGCUCUGAACUGCCUAAUAUUCGAAAUAAUUCUUCUGCUAAUAAUCAGCUGUCAAAUAAUAGUAAUAAUGGCAUUAAUAAUGGUAAUAAUCCGAAUGGAACAACUCCUCAGAAAACUUUACAAGCACUAUUGGCAUUAAUAAAUAAUUCGGGAAUAAGUAAUAACUCAGAGAAUCAAACUUCAUAUUUAAGCAUACCGGAAGAAGAUGGACCACUAUUUCUACCUACCAAAAGAUCUAUUCGUCCCAGAUCUAUAGUGAAUACACUGAUCCUUCAAAAAAGGCAAGCUAAAACUAAAAUAGUGAAUUUAAUCGACCUUGAAGAAACUGGAGGAAAUAAAGACCCUGAUGUUGAAAUGGAAGAAGUUAAUGAAGCCCAAGAAAACCAAGAAUUACCAGACCCCAUUGCCCAAAAUCAAGAGAAGGUUGACUUAGUUGAGUCAUGUGAUGCAAGUAAAGUCGAAUCACCUAAAGUAAAUAAAAAAGAAGAUGUGAAAGUAGUUUAG